AUGGCGCCAAACAGAGGCUCCUCAUCCAAGUCCUCCUCCAAGCCCUCAAACAAGUCGUCCUCUUCCUCCAAAUCCAAAUCCAAACCCCUCGCUUCUAGCUCCCGCGUCUCUAAGCCAAAGCCAAAAUCUUCCAUCCGCCGUCCCCUGCCUAAAGAAGUAAAGGCCAAACCUCGCACCGCCCCGGAGAAUCUAAAAAAGAGGAAGAAGCGCAUAUACACCGAGAAGGAGCUGGAUCUGCCGCAGCUGAAUAUGAUUACGCCUGUAGGUGUGACGAAGCCUAAGGGGAUGAAGAAGGGGAAAGUGUUUGUGGAUGAUCAGAUUGAGUCGAAGAUGAUGAAGGCGAGGCAGAUGGAAGAGAUCCGUGAAGCGAGGAGGAAGGAAGCAGAAGCUAGGCAGAUGGCGAAGAAGGAGAAGUUGGAAAAAGUGAAAGAUUCUCUUCGCAAGAAAAGGCGACCUGAUUCUGGUGAGGGUAAAGGCGAUGGGAAAAAUUCGUCAUCAGGAGAAGCUAAAGAGUUCUCAUCCUCGAAAACAUCGAGGUCGAAGCCCAAUCGGAAGCGGGUGUCGUUCACAUAA